UUUCUCUUUCAAAUAUUUCUUUCGUAUACACGCUUCCGUAAUUGUCUUGUAAGUGGUCGUCGUGUUCGAAUGAGAUGCACUGCGCUGGGAUCAUGGAAUUGUCGACGCUUUUCCAAUCGUGUUGUACAAGGGCGGAAACGGUAAUUUAAAUUUGUGAUCCGCGUUACGCGGACUCGCGCCGUAAUAAUAGCAGGUUUUACGAAAGCAAAAGAGCAACGAAAGUUGCGUGAAAAUAAAGUGUCCAUGCGUCAGAGAACGUAGGCGAAACGUGGGAUGCGCGUGUCGAUCGGAAGGAACAGCCGAGGAGAGGCUGAACACGAGCCAAAAACUGGUGACACGGUCCCGAGGAGAUAUCUCGUGCCAUCUGUCGUUGCGAAAGAAAUCCGAGUGUGAUGCGUUUAUCAGCGAACCAACAAAGAUUCGUCCGUCGGCCGUACAAAGUAGGCCGGGAACGGGAACCCGACUUCAGGCCCCGUCGUAAGCCCUUGUGACCUUUCGUAGUUUGUGGUGACCUUCAGUAGAGGUUGGCCUCGCGGAACUCGCACGUUCUGUCCGCCCGCCUGUGCUCCUCCUCUCUUGGAUUUUUCCGAUUAUCUCGAGGCGAGACUGCUCAACGAACUUCUUCCCGCCAAAAAAGUCGAGCGUAUCUUCUUCGCGUUUCGAAUUUUUGUACGCCGAUUUUCCAUCGUGAAUCCACAUAGAUUAAAGAAAAGCUGGUGAAAUGUCAAGGGAAAGGGCAUCGAGACGAUUUUAUCGUGUGGACAGCACCAAUGAUUUGUUCGAAUUUAUGGAUCGUGGGUACACUGCCCAACAUGAGAACCGAUGGAACUUUGAAGUCGCAUGGGAGGCAGCCAAUAAAGUUGGUGGUAUAUAUACGGUAAUACGUUCCAAGGCAUUUGUUUCAACGGAGGAGAUGGGCGAUCAAUAUUGUCUCAUUGGCCCUUACAAAGAAAGUUCUGCUAGAACAGAAGUCGAAGAAGCAGAAUUUCCACGAAACAGUCCCUUGAAUAUAGCCGUUCAAGUUCUUCGUGAUCAGGGAUUCAAAGUGGUAACAGGAACCUGGCUAGUGGACGGAAACCCACAAAUAAUCCUAUUCGACAUUGGAAGUGCAGCCUGGAAGUUGGAUGAGUACAAGCAAGAACUCUGGAAUACCUGCAACCUUGGUAUUCCUCAUCUUGAUAUUGAGGCAAACGAUGCAGUCAUCCUUGGGUAUCUUGUCUGUCAAUUUAUUGCAGAAUUCAGGAAAGCCGCUGAGGGAUAUUCCGACGUUCCACCCCGUGUAGUAGUUCACUGCCACGAAUGGCAAGCGGGGGUGGGUUUGAUCGCUUUGAGAACCCGACACGUAGACGUAGCUACAGUUUUCACUACGCACGCCACGCUUCUUGGUAGAUAUCUCUGUGCCGGAAAGACUGACUUUUACAACAAUUUAGAUAAGUUCAGUGUAGACGAGGAAGCUGGAAAACGUCAGAUUUAUCACAGAUAUUGUAUGGAACGAGCAGCAACGCAUCUAGCUCAUGUAUUCACAACUGUUUCGGAGAUAACGGGUUUCGAAGCGGAACAUUUACUGAAAAGAAAGCCCGAUAUAAUCACUCCGAAUGGGCUAAAUGUAAAGAAAUUCGCCGCUUUGCACGAAUUCCAAAAUUUGCACGCUGUCAGCAAAGAAAAAAUACACGAGUUCGUUAGAGGACAUUUUUACGGCCACUACGAUUUCGAUUUGGAUAAAACAUUGUACUUCUUCAUUGCUGGACGCUACGAAUUUGGAAACAAAGGUGCGGACAUAUUCAUCGAAGCUCUCGCCAGACUGAAUCACUAUUUAAAAACGUCUAAACCAGACACGACGGUAGUCGCUUUCCUGAUUUUCCCAGCGAGAACAAAUAACUUCAAUGUCGAGUCGUUGCGAGGUCAUGCCGUCACCAAAGCGUUGCGAGACACAAUCAACGAUAUUCAACAGAAGAUCGGCAAACGCAUGUACGAGUUAUGUCUGUCAGGACGUAUGCCCGAUGCUCAGGAUCUUUUGCAGAAAGAAGACACCAUUAAAAUCAAACGGUGUUUAUACGCUUUGCAAAGGAACGGUUUACCGCCGAUUACCACACACAAUAUUGUAGACGAUUGGAACGAUCCGGUGUUAAGUUCGAUCCGAAGAUGCAAUCUGUUUAACACUGUUAACGACCGCGUAAAGAUAGUAUUCCAUCCAGAGUUCCUUUCACCUACGAAUCCAUUAUUCGGUCUUGACUACGAAGAGUUUGUCAGAGGAUGCCACUUGGGAGUAUUUCCGUCCUAUUAUGAACCUUGGGGUUACACACCCGCCGAGUGCACAGUCAUGGGCAUACCCAGCAUCACCACGAAUCUGUCCGGUUUCGGUUGCUUUAUGGAAGACCAUAUAGCCGAUCCCAUGAGUUACGGUAUCUACAUCGUAGACAGACGGUUCAUUGGUUUGGAAAAUAGCGUUCAACAAUUGGCUCAUUACAUGUUCGAUUUUGCGCGACUCAGUCGCCGACAACGUAUCAUUCAAAGAAACCGAACCGAACGUCUCAGCGAUUUGCUCGAUUGGAGGAAUCUUGGCAUUUACUAUCGUCAAGCCAGAAUAAAGGCUUUAACAACCGUUUAUCCGGAACUGGCUUCGGAAUACGCGGAAGGCGGUGUAGGCCGUUUCAGUUAUCCAAGGCCAAUCAGCGAACCACCAUCGCCCUCAUCUUCGAGACACACUACUCCUGCUGCUUCGGUUCACGGAUCCGAUGACGAAGACGAAGACGAGGUCGACGAUGAGAAAGAGCUGGAGGAGCUGCGCCAAACAGGCGGUAGAUAAAAGCCGUACGACAUCGGUGAACUAGAGUACGGUUAAUAAUUAUUUUACGCUGGAUAACUGCGUGGAGACUUUGCAAUAUUAGUGCCAAAUAUCUCAUCGACGCAGUUUUCUUCGUCAAGAGUCAAUCAACAGCCUAUUCAUCGCAUAUCUUUUUUAUUCAAUUUAUCAGUAACUCCGCACUCAUAUUCUCAGUUAGUUUCCGCACCCUGCAUCGAUCAUUUUGACAAACGAGAGUAUGUAGAACAGUAUUUACACGACACGCAAAAUUAUUACGUACAACAGUCUUCCGCGAAUCAAACUAUCACGUAAAUAAAUGUUCCAUGGAUCGAAUGACGUUGUUGUAUUUUGAAAACUAUAUUUCAUGUUAUGCAUAUACCAUAUAUGUAGUGAGUGGAAUGUGUUCCUAUUGUAUAGAGUACGGUUAUAUUUUUAUGGAAAUCAGUAAGCGAAAAAGAAUUUCAUAAUGUUUUUAGAUUUAUCCAAUCACAUUGUUGAUGCCUUGUUUUCUGGUAAUUUUUUCAAUAAAUGUAUGUAUAUACGGUA